AUGAACAUGUUGGACGUAGGAGACGAGAGCUUUCACGUCACACGUGAAGGCUACUCCCAUCUGAGUGACUCAGAAUGGGAGGUAGUCGGCCGCAUGAGUGUGCUCAUGGGCGAACCCGCCAUCAGUGGCAUGUUAGAGUCUCUAAGCAGAGACCAGCAACAUGCUUCUAUCAACAAGUUCCUACAAGGGAAACUUGCCGUCGAACGACAGAAGAUAGCCUUGCUACAGCAGCAAGGCUCUCAUCAGUCAAUGGGCGGGCCGACGCACAUUCGUCAACCCGAAACCUUGAAUAUUGAUAUCUCAAGGUACAAGGGAACCGAUGAAGAUUCCCUUUUGAGAUGGUUCGUCGAGUUAGACGAUGCCGUCAGGGCCCGUCACAUCGAGGGUGACGAGACGCAAGUCACCUUCGCUCUUAUCCUGGUCAACAGGACGAGCAAAGACUUGGGCCUUAGGGCUCAAGCUUCACGACCCAAACGUGUUUGA